AUGACAACUACAGUAAGAGCGUACAAGGGACUGAUGACCAAAAGAAGCCAAGUCGCUCUGGCAUGGUUGGAAGAAUCCACACAGCGUCUUCAACACCCGAAGGAAAAAAGCACACAACAAGAACAAGUCAAGGAAUUCACAAUGACUGUGGCGAGGUGUGACGAAUAUCUGGAACUUCUCGAAGCAUCCUUAACCAAACUCACGGAGGCCUUCGAUAAACUUCAGGAUACCACAGACGACGAAGAAGAUCAGUUAGACAAGCACGCGGAGAUUGCUCAAGAGACUAUCAUGAAGUUAUACGCACACAAAUCCAAUACCAAGCAGAUGUUACAAGAAAUAACGACGGGAACUAUGCUGACAACAAGUGGAACCGACCACCAAUGUUCGGCAGCAGAGUCCAUCGAGAAAAGGGAGGACGGCUAUUACGUACGCCUACCAUGGAAAGAGAACCAUCCCGAACUCCCAGAUAACAAGGCGCUAGCAAUUAAACGUUUUGUAAAGAUCCUGGAGAUAUAUCAAAAGGACCCGAAGACACUACAAGCGUACGACAACAUCUUCAAGGAACAACAAGAGAAGGGAGUAAUAGAAGAAGUAACAUCGAAGUACGUUGAUGAAGGAGAAGUAGUCCAUUAUUCACCGCAUCAGGCGGUCCUAGGCAUCACAUGGAAUUCGGAAACGGACAAAUUCGUAAUCAAAGGCUCGAUGGCAACCUUGAAGGGAAACGACACCAAGCGAACAGUCACACAGCAACUUGCUUCGGUGUAUGAUCCAAUGGGAUUUCUGUGCCUCUACUACUACCGGCAAAAAUAUUUAUGCAGUCAUUAUGGAAGGAAGAAAUCUCGACAUUACAAGGAGGUGAAUCGACGAAUCCUCAACAAAUCCGAUGGCCACAGACUUGUCGUCUUCACUGAUGCUAGCCAGUGCGCAAUAGAAGCAUGCGCAUAUCUCACCUCUCAAGAAGAAUCCAGCAUCAUAAUGGCAAAAUCCAAACUUCCAUCUAUCAAAACUUCAAUGACGGUUCCCAAGUUGGAGAUGAAUGCACUAACGCUAGGCGUGCGAAUGUCCCACUUCAUCUGCGAAGCACUGGAACCACUUUGUAACAUCAAGGAAGUUAUCCUCUACACAGAUUCGGAUAUCGUGUUAGGAUGGAUACAAACUCCUCCAUCACGUCAGAGCGCAGGCGUUUUGGUCACAAACCGACUAACAGAGAUAAGGCGAAUCAGCAAUGACCUCCGCGGUCGAAACACGACAUGCCUCUUCGGACACGUCUCAACAGCAGAAAACCCAGCCGAUUGCGGAACCAGAGGACUAUCAUCGGAAGCGUUUCAAAAUCAGUUCUGGUGGACGGGACUCAGCUUCACGAGCAAGCCAGACCAUUCUAAAGUGAACGCAAUCGAAGAAUCAGAGGCGUCAUCUUUUGGCAUGGGACGCAUCUUUGAAUCAGGCUUCGUACUUGUUGUCUGA